AUGUUCGUCUACAGACCCAGAGGCCUGAGAACCCGACACCUGCUGCUGUCGCUUCUGCUCCUCGCAUCCUGGGAGUCCGGGAGCUGCCAGGUCCGCUACUCGGUCCCCGAGGAGGCCAAACACGGCACCUUCGUGGGCCGCAUCGCGCAGGACUUGGGGCUGGAGCUGACGGAGCUGGUGCCCCGCCUGUUCCGCGUGGUGUCCAAAGGCCGCGGGGACCUGCUGGAGGUAAAUCUGCAGAAUGGCAUUUUGUUUGUGAAUUCUCGGAUCGACCGCGAGGAGCUGUGCGGGCGGAGCGCGGAGUGCAGCCUGCACCUGGAGGUGGUGGUGGAGCGGCCGCUGCAGGUUUUCUACGUGGAGGUGGAGGUUAGGGACAUUAAUGACAACCCGCCGGUGUUCUCCGUCUCAGAACAAAAGCUCUCGGUACCGGAAUCCCGACUGCUGGACUCCAGGUUUCCGCUAGAAGGCGCAUCUGACGCGGAUGUCGGAGAAAACGCAAUGCUUACGUACAGACUCAGUCCUAAUGAGUUUUUCAUUCUUGAUAUUAUAAACAAAAAAGACAAAGGCAAAUUCCCAGUACUUGUUCUACAAAAACUGCUGGACCGUGAAGAAAAUCCUCAACUUUCGUUAUUAUUAACGGCAACCGAUGGAGGCAAACCGGAACGUACCGGAUCUGUUUCUCUGCUGAUCUUGGUCUUGGAUGUCAAUGACAAUGCCCCUGUAUUUGACCGACCCAUUUAUGAAGUUAGGAUGCAUGAAAAUUCACCGAAUCAAACUUUGGUAAUAUGGCUAAAUGCUUCUGAUGCGGAUGAAGAAAUAAACAAAGAACUGAUAUAUUCCUUUAGCUCUUUGGUUACACCCAGCAUAAGAAGAAAAUUUCUGAUGAAUGAAAGGACAGGAGAAAUAAGAGUAAAUGAUGCUAUCGACUUUGAGGAUAGUAACAAUUACGAAAUUCACGUAGAUGUUACAGAUAAAGGAAACCCACCUAUGGUUGGUCACUGCACUGUCCUAUUGGAAAUCCUGGAUGAAAAUGACAAUUCACCUGAGGUGGUUGUCACUUCCCUGUCUCUUCCCCUGCUAGAGGAUGCUCAGGUGGACACUGUCAUCGCCUUGGUCAGUGUCUCUGACCGUGACUCUGGCACCAAUGGGCAGGUGACCUGCUCCCUAACACCUCACGUUCCCUUCAAGCUGGUGUCAACUUUCAGGAAUUACUAUUCACUGGUGCUGGACAGCGCCCUGGACCGCGAGAGCGUGGCGAACUACCAGCUGGUGGUGACGGCGCGGGACGGGGGCUCCCCUUCACUGUCGGCCACAGCCAGCGUGUCCGUGGAAGUAGCCGACGUGAAUGACAACGCGCCCACAUUCGCGCAGCCCGAGUACACGGUGUUCGUCAAGGAGAACAACCCACCCGGCUGCCACAUCUUCACAGUGUCCGCGCGGGACUUGGACGCGCAGGAGAACGCGCUGGUGUCCUACUCGCUGGUGGAGAGGCGGGUGGGCGAGCGUGCGCUGUCGAGCUACGUGUCCGUGCACGCGGAGAGCGGCAAGGUGUUCGCGCUGCAGCCUCUGGACCACGAGGAGCUGGAGCUGCUGCAGUUGCAGGUGAGCGCGCGCGACGCGGGCGUGCCGCCUCUGGGCAGCAACGUGACACUGCAGGUGUUCGUGCUGGACGAGAACGACCACGCGCCCGCGCUGCUGCCUCCCGGGGCGGGCGGCGGGGGCGGCGCUGUGAGCCAGCUGGUGUCUCGGUCUGUGGGCUCGGGCCACGUGGUGGCGAAGGUGCGCGCGGUGGACGCGGACUCUGGCUACAACGCGUGGCUGUCUUAUGAGCUGCAGGCGGCGGCGGGUGGUGCGCGCAGCCCAUUCCGCGUGGGGCUGUACACGGGCGAGAUCAGCACGACGCGUGUCCUGGACGAGGCGGACGAACCUCGCCAGCGCCUGUUGGUGCUGGUGAAGGACCACGGGGAGCCUGCGCAGGUGGCCACGGCCACUGUGCUGCUGUCUCUGGUGGACAGCAGCCAGGCGCCAAAGACCUCAUCGCGUGUGUCUUCCAGCGCCGGGAGCUCAGAGACCGCCCUGGUGGAGGUGAACGUGUACCUGAUCGUCGCCAUCUGCGCAGUGUCCAGCCUGUUGGUGCUGACGCUGCUGCUGUACACGGCGCUGCGGUGCUCGGCCCCGCCCCGCGAGGGCGCGUGCGCGCAGGGGAAGCGGGUGCUGGUGUGCUCGAGCGCAGUGGGGAGCUGGUCGUACUCGCAGCAGAGGAGGCAGAGGUGUGCUCUGGGGAGGGGCCGCCCAAGACGGACCUCAUGGCCUUCAGCCCCAGUCUGCCACCCUGCCCGGUACCAGUGGUGGAGGUGGAAGAACAGUCUAUUGGAGGGGAUCACUCUAAAAAGGAUGUCGUUGUUCUCAAAGGAGAGGAUUGUUUUAACAAAGAAAAAUAACGAUUAUUCCCAGGACCAGAAAGAUUCUCCACCGUUCCGGAGCUUUAAAGACUAUUAA